AAGGGUUACUUUUGGGUCUGUUUGGUUGCUCAAAAUUGAAAACAAGUCAUGUAUUCAAUGGGAAGAAAAUGACAAAAAGGAAAGGCUAAAACAAAGCCGUCACGUUUCCGUCUUCUCCAAUCCGUUCACAGUUUGAUAACGCAAGCUCUUCAGUUCAGUUCCUAUCCAUAACAUCGCAAUUUUCAUGGUUGUAAUGAUCAUUAAAGGUUUAUGCGGAAGAUACGAAAGAUGGAAUCCAGUUCAUCCAACAAGCGGAGCUUUCUGGGGAAUGGGGAUUGGGAUCGGUUGUGGAGUUGGUUGGGGUCCUGGUUUUGGUCCUGAUGUUAUUGGGUAUGUUGGAGCUGGCUGUGGUGUUGGUUUUAGUGUUGGCUUAACCCUAGCUGGUUUUGGUAUAGGUCUUCCGGCUAGUUAUGUAUAUGGAAUUCCUCAUAAUGUGUUCAAGUUAACAAGAAGAGGUGCUAUAGAGCUUGGUGGAUAUAAAGGCAUAGAUGAAAAGGUACCUAAUUUCAGGCAUUUUGAGAAAGGGGUAAAUGUUCUUGACUUGAAGGAGGCUGUUACUUCCCAGACUAAAUAUAUUUUGGAUGCCUUGAGAAAUCUAGGAGCUGGUUUCUCUAAAUCCUCAUAAAAAAAAAGUGUUUGUUCUCUUCUUUGGUUGAUGAGCUUGAUUUGAGCAUGUUCUUAUUCUUAAACAUUUAAAGAAGCAUCAAGAUUAUUAUGGGUUUUGAGAAACUGUGCAAAUUGCAAUCAGGCUGGACAUCAUGGUUCUUCUUGAGGAAAUUUUGUAUUUUGUGUUCGUUAAUCUUUUGAUUUUCAUGGAUUUUAUUUUUUUUUUAUUUUUUAUUUCAUGGUUAGUUUAGUUGU